AUGCGGCUGAUGGGCUGCGUUUCUGGCGCUGGCGCGGACGCGGAAGGCCGCGAAGCGCGGAAAGUCAACAAGCAGAUCGAGGAGCAGCUCGCCAAGGACAAGCAGGUCAUGCGCGCCACGCAUCGACUUCUCUUACUUGGUGCUGGUGAGAGUGGUAAAAGCACAAUUGUGAAACAGAUGCGAAUAUUGCACAUCAACGGCUUCAGCGAGGCUGAAAAAAUGGAGAAAAUCAAGGAUAUCCGAAGAAAUAUACGUGAUUCCAUGCAGGUAAUUCUGCGCGCGAUGGGCACGAUCGAUCCGCGAGUGUUCCUGGACGAUCCAAGCACUCAGGCGAGCAUGGACUAUGUGUUGAACUGUGUAAACGAAGUGGAUGGGGAAUUUUCACAGGAAUUCUAUGACCAUGUCGCGAAGUGUUGGGCUGACAAGGGUGUGCAGGCGUGUUACGAACGAAGCAGCGAAUACCAACUAAUUGACUGUGCAAAAUACUUCUUGGAUAAGAUUGAUGUUGUUCGUCAACCAAACUACGAUCCGUCAGAGCAGGACAUACUUCGUUGCCGUGUUAUGACGACAGGUAUUUUCGAAACCAAGUUUGAGGUGGAUAAAGUUCGUUUCCACAUGUUUGAUGUCGGUGGUCAGCGUGACGAAAGACGAAAAUGGAUUCAAUGCUUCAAUGAUGUUACGGCUAUCAUCUUUGUUUGCGCAUCAUCAUCGUACAAUCUUGUUCUUUGGGAAGAUAGCACACAAAAUCGAUUGCGAGAAUCGCUGUCUCUGUUUAAAAAUAUUUGGAAUAAUCGCUGGUUGAAAACGAUUUCAGUCAUUUUGUUCUUGAAUAAGCAGGACUUGUUAUCAGAAAAGAUCAAGGCAAAGCGGUACCUACUUGAGUCAUACUUUCCCGAGUUUGCUAACUACCAGUUACCAUCCGAUGCUGUAUUUGAUGCAGCAGAUGAUAAAGACGUAGUACGAGCAAAGUACUUCAUCCGGGGAGAGUUUUUGCGAAUCUCAACGGCUGCCGGUGACGGUCGACAUCACUGCUAUCCACACUUUACGUGUGCUGUUGACACGGAGAAUAUUCGGCGGGUGUUCAACGACUGUCGCGAUAUCAUUCAGCGCAUUCAUCUUCGGCAAUACGAGCUUUUGUAG